AUGGCGGGGUCGCUGGCGAACAAGGACGAGGCGGAAAAAUGUCGGGAUCUGGCCGCGAAGUUUCUGCAGCAGGGGGAGCACGGCAAGGCCGUGCGGUUCUUCGAGAAGAGUCUGAGACUCUACCCACUGCCUGGGGUUGAGAGCUUGCUUGACCUGGCGAAGCGGAGACAAGCAGGGCCAGGGGGGGGGGGUUCGGCGCCGUUCUCGUCUGCCAACGGCAACGGCAGCAGUGGUAGCAGCGCCGGGGGAGCGGAUGCAUCGCCGGGGGUGCGGCGGAGACCGUCGGCGACGACGAGCGCGCCGGCACCGGCGGCGGCAGCGGCGGCGGCGGGAGGGGGCGGGGGCAGCGGACGGGCGUUCACACCGGAGCAGGAGCGAAUGGUUAAGCAGGUCCUGAACUCCAAGGCGAAGGGGCAUUACGACGUGCUCGGGAUAGAGAAGGGCGCCAACGACGACCAGAUCAAGAAGGCCUACCGGAAGCUGGCGCUGAGGUUGCAUCCGGACAAGAACGGUGCACCCCAGGCACACGAGGCCUUCCAAGCGAUCGGGACCGCGUUUGCCGUGUUGAGCGAUGCGGACAAGAGAGCCCACUACGACCGUUACGGGGACGGCGACGGACCACAGGGAAUCGGAGGGGGGCAGGGGGGCGGGCCGUUCGGGCGAGGCCACCACUACGGCGCCGAAGUCUCUCCGGAAGAUAUCUUCAACAUGUUCUUCGGGCAGCCGCCGGGGGCACGUAGACGACAGGGCCGGGGGGGAAUGCCAUCGUUCAACACGCGGGUAUACAGGGCCGGCGGAGGCGUCGAUCGGGGAGGAGGGGGGGGCAACGGGCAAGAGGGGGCGAUGGGGAUGAAUCUGUUGCCCUUGCUUGGAGCGAUCGUGCUCAUGUUCCUGACACUCUUCGGCGGGGAGCAGCAGGAGGCCGCCUUCAGCCUUGAGAGAACGUCCGCGUACAAGGUUCCAAAGACCACCACGCAGGAGAAGGGAGUCGUGGGUGGCAUAGACUACUUCGUCGCCCCCAAGUUCCGACAGAAGUACGCCACCAACGCGGAGAGGCUGAGGAGGGCGAAGCGAAAAAGACGAACGAUGGACAGCGAGGCCUACGACCAGCUCAUCUUGGAGAUGGAGACAACCCCACUCCCGGCUUGCGAAGAGCUUGCCGUCAAGUUUAGUUCCCACAGCACCUACAAUUGA